AUGAUCACCUCUCAUAUGAACGGUUUCGUCCCAGAGGGCUCCGAUCAGACCAAGAGCCACAGGGAGAGGGCCGUGGACUGUCCGGGGGACGACAGUAACCUCGUCAAAACUCCGCAUGGCUACUCCAAAAUGGAGAGGAUCCAGCACUACCAGGAGGAGCUGAGGAAGAGGAGGGAGGAGGACGGCCGGGGGAAGCACGACAUCGACCCGAACGCUUCGCUGAGGCUCAGGAAGCUCUCGCAAAACCCCAAAGUGGGCAUCGACAAUCCUACCUUCGAGGAGAAGGAGAAGGCCAAAGACGCAUGUUCCCAGGACCCUGUAGCUGGUGAGUUUAGAGGAAGAGGGUAACGAGCGUUUGAGGGGUCAGAGGUCGUAGGAAGGAGGAAAGAUCAGACAAAGGACAAGGAGGAGCUCUGACCCUGAAGAAAAGGGAACAGAGAUUCAGUGAAACAAAAGGAGUCGGAACAAAAAGGCUGCAGAGGGGUGAUGGUCCAGGUCUGUCCCCCACUUUAAAAACUUCGACUAAACUCUGAUUUUUAAUAUUCAUGUCCAAGAAUGAGACGCUAACAAGAGAGGCGGGGUUUCUGCAGAGCUGAGUUUAACGUCUAAAAACAUGUGGGAUAAAGAAAGAAGACUUUAUGAAGAUCACAGACGAGCUAAGCUUUAAGAGAAAGAAAGAAAGAAAGAAAAGAGAGGUUUGCAUUCACACUAAAGUACUAAUUAGUACUUAGUUUUAGCCUCAGGGGGGCGCCAACACUGACACGAGAUAAAAGUUCUUGAAGAGUUUAGGGAGAAAAAAUCAUUUCAAUAGUAGAGGAGUCAAAUUAAUAUGAAUAAUAGUGAAAAUAAUUAUUCAAGAUCCACUUUUUAACAUGCCUAGAAAUCAUGAAACAUGAAGCAGACUCGAGGUUUACGAGUCUGUAAGUCGUCCUUCAUUUGACCUUGUGUGUCUCGCUCCUGCAGACCUGGUGGAGCUGCUGCAGGCUCUGAAGUGGGCCUCGCACAUCCUGUCCGAUAACCAGAGCCAGCAGGACGUGGACAUGCUGAUGCGGUUCGUCGUCAAGGAGGACUUCAGGAACGCCUACACCCUGUACUGCGCCGUGUCCCAGCAGAAGAGCCGAGUCAGCCCCAACUCACCGCUCACCUCGCAAGCAGAGGACCUCUGCCUGGAGGUACGAGAACAAACACAGUCAGCAGGUCGACUUUUGAGUCAUGACAGCUUCAGUUAUGAGAGUUAAAACCAUCAGCUGAGCCUCUGAUGAUAACAGAGCUCUAAGUUUAGCAGCAGCAGAGACUCGCUCACCAGUUUGGGGUUUAAAGGAUCUUUGCUGGAGGUCGUGAUUAAUUCGGCAAAGACACCCGGGUCGGUGCGGGUCGUUGUUUAACAAGGUGAGUGAAAACAAAAGUGAGGGAUCCAUGACAAUUCAAUAAGACGGAAAAAUAAAGGUGAAGAGAAGAAAGAGAAGGAAGGAUGGAGAGAGAGAGAGGAAAAGCGAAGAGUAAAGAUGUGGUUGAGUUUGAUUCCAGCCGACAGCGCCGACUCCUGAGUCCUUUUAGGAAGACCGACAGAGAGCGAGGAAGACUCUGAGCGCUCAGGUGUGAGGAGGACGGAGACACACCUGACGUCCUCGUUGACACAACACCAGCGAGUUUGUCUCUCCUCUGAAACUCAGUGACAGUCAUCGACUCGUGUCCCUGCGGAGCUGGACGACGUCGACACUGUCAGGAAGAGAGAAACGCGUAGAUAUAAAUGAGGUAGAAGCUGAAUACAGCAAUGACAGACAACACCCACAACGGGCGUUUCAUGAGGAUUAGUGUCAUAUUGUGAGAGGGAACACAUGAACAAAUGUAGGACAGCUCAGUCAGAGGGAGUCUCAGCUGACGGCUACAUGUGUACCAGUCUGAAAAAGUCGUUUUAGUGAGACCGGCUGUUUGUCCGAGUUCAUUCAGAGGACAAGAAGGAGUCGUUUCUGCAGGAUCCCUAAACACACAAACACAAACACACACACACACUGUUUUCCUGCAUACAGUAAACCAGUGUGUGUGUGUGUGUGUGUGUGUGUGUGUGUGUGUUUACCCACCAGGCACGGCUCCCCGAAGCGCUUAACAACGUGUAAGAGUUUGAGCUGCAGUGUGACUAAACUAAGUGGCUGCCGCUCGGUGUGGCACUCAGAUUGGCUGCUGGGUACACUAAUCUUCUCCCAGCAGCCCCCUUUGGUGCAGCGCUCUGCAGGAAGGAGGCAGGGAUCUGGGCAGCCAGAAAAAGAAACUCCAGCAGCUUACAGGAGGAGGAGUGUGGGCCGAGGUGUAGUGCUGCUGAAGGAGGAGGAGGAGGGGGAGGGGAAAGUGCGUCACCUUGUUUAGCGAGAGCUUCGAUUAGUGGAUCAACUAAGCUCCAAACAGAAGAUGGAGAAGAAAAGGAAGACAAAACCAAAAUGUCUGCUGUCAUGAUCCAGUCCACGCCACAAACAAUAACAUCCUCCCGACAAAUGACAGAAGAAGAAGAACCCGGUGAUUAAAAUGGAGCCGGAGGAGGAGAAAAGAGAAGAAGAGCACGACUGUGAAAGUUUGUGUUUUAGAUAAAAGAACGUUAGACACGAAGAGAAGACGAUCCUGCUCCAGUCUGUUAUUUUCCUCUCAGCUCUGACUUGGAGCUUCACAGCAGAGCGAAUAUGAACGCUGAGGAAUGUGAAACCCAGCUGUGAGCCGCCAUGACGACCACGACCACGAGUCAGCCCAGAAUCAUAAGACCUCCAUCAUAAGACCACUCACAUGAUUUUAUUAUUAUUAUUAUUACAGAUCUGAGGAACCUAAACUGGUUUAAUAUGAGAAAUAGUGGAGAACUUAAACUGGUUUAAGGCUGAAGACUUUUUCACAAACACUCUCAGAAAAGGAAGACGGUCAUUUACAGUCGGAGGAGGGUUUUCACAGCAGCGUAUUAAAUCUUAGGAUCAUUUCUUCUAAAAUAUUAUAAAUUAUUCUGUGUUUUAAAAAAGUGAAACAGAGAAAUCUCUUUUUAAACAAUAUAUUUAUUGAACUUUUACAUAAACAAAAAAAAAAACAUCAAAAACUUGGACAGUUGGACGAUGAAAUGCGUCGUCGUCUCCGUCUUUAAAAAGACCAAACCUGGAGUCGUCCAGACAACGAUCAAUAACAACAUAAGUGAAGAGAAGGUGAAAGAUAAAAAAGGACAGGGGGACGUGAGACAAAACAGAGAUAAAUUAAAUAAUAAAUAAAUAAAAUCUACAUAUACUCAGCUCAUUGCAUUAGAGUCAGCGUCCCAACGUCCAAGAAAGUCCAACAGGGGUCUCCAAAUCUUCUCAGAUUCAUUUACUUUCCCUCUGAUGAUAGAUGUUCAUCUCUGUAGGACGACACAGGAAGUAAAACAGAGACAUCAAGUCUAUGUUAUCAGACUGGACCUGUGCAGAACCAGGGUCUUUGGAUCAUCAGGAUCCUGAGGAUUCAUCAUCACAUAGAUAAACUCAAAAACAGGAUCUAGAUGCUGCAGGAUGUCAUGUCAUAGAUUACAGAUCAUCUACCUUUAAUAAAGUUCAGAGAAGUUAAAUGUCGGAUAUUUGAGGCAUUAAGACCUGAAACAGACGAGUAACUAUCUACAUAAACUUUAAAUCUUUGAGUUUGACUGUUCAGAUUAAAAACAGAAAACUAUCAGGAGGUUGUAAACAGCUGACUCUUCCUCACAGAUGAGUAAAGUGAAUAUUAUAAAUGUCAGACUUUGUUAAUCUCUCUGUUUACAAUGAAGGAGAACAGGAACUUGAAGUUUUCAGAAACUUUCUUUAAUCACGACAUGAUUUCAGCUCCAGUUACUCUGAAAAUAUUGAUCAAUAUCUGUUUUAUAUCUGAUCCCGUCUUUAUUCAAUAAUCUGUCAGAAUUUGGACUUUUAUUUUGUAAAUGUCUCUCCUGUCUUCCUGUUUAGUCUGACAGUUUUUCUGACUUUGGUUCUGUUUGUCUGUUCAGGUCCAGAAGAUCCUGCAGUCCAGCCAACAGAAGGAGGGUCUGGAGCUCCAGGCUCUGCUUACUAAUCCUCACCUGCAGGUCAGAGUUCACAUGUGUCUUAACAUUAUUUCCUCUUAGCCUGAAAUACGAUGUAACAACAACACCGGCGAGCUUUAACAAGCUGACCGAUCCUGACCGAGGGAGUCGUGUUCGAUUAAACGGGUGAGAGGAGAAAAUAUGAUCACACGACUCUGAACUUCCUGUGAACAGGGUGAUUGUUUCUGUGGAGGUGAAAUCAGGUGUGAGCUCAAGGUCAGCUGAAGGACAGAGUCAUCAUCCUCUCUGUGGAUCAAAAGAAGACUGACUCUGUAUCAGGGAGACUCUCAGAUGGUUUUGCUCAAAGGCGCUGAGUCAGGAGAGACUCAGUCUUCAUCUUCUCUGAUUCAUCCUCUCAUCUGUGGAUGUUAUGAAAUGUUGUGUUUCCCGAGGUCAGCUGGUCUGUUUCAGUUUGAGAAAGGCUGAUAUGUAAAUGAGGAGAUGAUGAGGGUCGUCUCUCCUGCUAAUCAAAGAAGAUGAUUGGUUUGUUCGUCGCUGCAAAGUUCACGUCAGCGUCUCCGUCCUUUAUCUAAAAAACAGGCGGUAAGAAGAGUCGGAGCUCUCAGUGUUUCUGUUUUUAACGUUCAGGUUAAAGGUGGACAGACGCCACGAGUGUGUGAGCGGAUACAAACUUUAAUCAGAGCAGAAAUCAAUAAUAACACGGAUCAAUAGAGGAGAAUAAUGAUUGACCUUUACAUCAUUAAUCAUUUUGGAUUCAGAUAUGAACAGAAAAUACUUUUGUGGUUUCUGGUUUACUUUGCUCUGCACUUAAAGAGAGUGGCGUUUACGUAGGGCUGUAUGAUGAUGGAAGGUUACCUACCUGGGAGCUAGACAGUAUUGACUUAGUAGUUAUCAUGUAAUUACCAGAUAAUUUCAUGUUGUUACCUGUUAAUUACCUGUUAAUUACCUGGUAAUAAGUGUACUGUAAAAAAAAGGGUUACCCACUAAAUAUACUGAUUUUGGCAAAAUGACGUCAGUUAUUGUCAUAAAUUUCAGUGUCAGUACAUUUUCGGUUUAUCGUCCAGCCCUACAUUUACAUGUUUGAUCAGAUUCUGAGUUUUUAUUGGCUGAAAGUUUAAAGCUGUUCAAAUAAAAGAGGAAAAAAAACUCUCUGAUUAUAUUUGUACAUUUCUCCAGAAUCUGUCCAGGAGCAGAAAGAACCUCUGAAAACCAAACUGUGACGUCCUGCUCCUCUUUAUCUCCACUGACUUUAUAACUUUAUAUAAUUAUCUGAUCUAAAACUGUAAAACAGCGACAUUAUCAGACCUGCGUCUGCCUCUAAAGACCUCCGAUGGUGGACUCUGAGGGUUCUGCUCUGACCCAUUGUUUCGCUAACCCCUCCGCUCAGCUGAAUCCUCCAGCCAGCGAGGGCGGCAUGAUGGGCGGCGAGCCAGCCUUGUGGCACAGAAAGUGGAACAGAUUAUGCUGGUUCCUCUGCGGGGAGCGAGGAUCACAAGAGUCACAAUGCAGUUCACGCGGGUGUACAACCUCAUGCUGCUGGCAAAUGGAGACGGGUAGAUGCGCGAAGUCGGCCCGUCUCCCCCUCUCGCCGGUUUCAAGGACACCGCUCCCCCCGUGAGCAGGGGCAGCCAAAGGUAUCCGAUGAUUGAUGGCGGUGGAUCCUGACUCCUAAACGCUGGGGGAGAUUAAGACGGAUUGUGAGUACGCUGGAGCUUAGCCGGCCUCCGCUCUCUCAGGUCCCCUCUGCUGCAGGACAGAGGAACUAAUUUGGACCGACGGUUAUUAAUUGUGCGGUACGGAGCGCUUGUCACAUGAAAUGAUGUGCAGGAGGAGUCUGGGUUUUAUUCCUGGCUUAGAGACGGGGCGGCUGACGGGUCUGGUUAAAAAAGAUGAGGUGGAGGGAAGGAAGGUGCAUGUUUGACAAUGAUCCGCUCUCCUCUGUGAACGUGUGUGUGUGCAGGUUACUAACAGAGGAGUGUGUUUGUUUGUUUAGUUUCUGUUUAAAUCCAAAGUGUGUUUUUUUCUUUUAUUAUUUCUUCUCCUGCGUCCUUCCUCUCCCUCAUGAUGCCUCCUGCUUUAUGUCCUUGUCCUUGUUUUUGUCCUCUUGUGUGUAUCUCUGCACGUUUGCGUCUCUAUUUGUGUCUCUGUGUUUGUCUGUUGUGGCAGGCGCUGAUGCAGGCUCACGACAGCGUGGCCAUGCAGGAGAUGGGAGAGGAAAACGUGACCCAGUACCUCGGCGAGACCGUCAAACUCGUACGUCUGGAGAAGGCCCGUGACACGCCACUGGUGAGAAACCGUCAUGUUAGCUUUAAAGCGAUUACAUGAUUAGUCUGAGUGUUUUAAUAAUACAUUUAAUUUGUAGUUCCUUUUACAUCAGGCGACCUCAGAGAAAUUUCAGAGUAAAGGAAAAUAAAAAACAAGAGAAACAUCAGAUUAAAAGAGUAAAAGACAGAUAAGCAGUUUUUUUUUUUGAGGAGGGACCAAAAGUUCUGCUCAAAGAAAGUUCUGAGUUCUUUUUCACCGUAGACUUUUAUAGCGUGCCGGAGGAUCUUGGGUAAAUUUGCUCAGAGAGGAGUAAUGAGGCUUGUGGACAAACAAAGACGGUUCCAGUAAUCCAGUAAUCCAGCAAUCAUCCAAUCGAUUCAUUAACAAGGUCCUGAAGCUGCAGUCCUCCUGUUCGCCCAAACCUCCAACAGUGACCACUUCCAUCAUCAUUCAGGACUCAGAACCAAGCGGGCCGGACCCGCCCGCCUCGCUCAGACCAGUAGAUCAGCUGAUUCACGACCUGAAGGUCACGAGGUCAACAUAAUCUCUCACCUUUUUAGGUUUCUGCGUCUUUGCCCGAUGAAACGCCUCCCCUCUCGCUCCACUGAUCUCAUUUAUCAUGUUGGUCCUUCUCUGUCAGUUUACCCACAAACCACCAGUGCAGAAAACAGCCUGUCAGAGAGAGCGCCAUCUGAAACCACGGCUGGCGUUUACAGUUGGUGACGUCUCUCCUGCUGUUUUCUGUCCUCGUCUGUGUUCGCUGUCGUCUCUCAGAUGAGGACAGAGACGUUUCCUUCAUCUCUAACUCUGUGUUUGUGUCGUCUUCAGGGCGCCACGGUUCGUAACGACAUGGACAGCGUGGUGGUGAGUCGGGUGGUGAAAGGCGGAGCGGCGGAGAGCAGCGGCCUUCUCAACGAGGGCGACGAGAUCCUGGAGAUCAACGGGAUUUCAAUCCGAGGGAAACACAUUAACGAUGUCCACGACUUACUGGUGAGGAGCAGAGACGUCUCUAACCCUGAGCUUACAGUCAUGUGAUCGAUGUCACGCCGCAGCUGUCAAUCAUCCGUUCACAUCGUCUGCUUUUGUCUGAUUUUUCAUGUUUUCGCUCCAUCAGCAACAAAUGCACGGCACUCUGACCUUCCUCCUCAUCCCCAGCUCUCAGAUUAAAGCUGCCCCUCACAGACAGACUGUGGUAAGUCUCUGAUGGUGUGAGUAAGCAGGUGUGUGUGUGUGUGUGUGUGUGCGUGUGUGUGAGAAGGCCUGUCUGCAUGCAUGCAGCGCUAACCUUGACUUUCUCCGCCCCGUCCGCAGAUCCAUGUGCGAGCUUACUUCGACUACGACCCCUCAGACGACCCCUUCGUGCCGUGUCGAGAGCUCGGACUCUCCUUCCGUAAAGGAGACAUCCUCCACGUCAUCAGCCAGGAAGACCCCAACUGGUGGCAGGCCUACAGGGACGGGGACGAGGAGAACCAGGUCCUCGCCGGUCUUAUUCCAGGUAUGAAGGAGAUCAGGUCUGCGUGACGAGGCGAGGUUCAGAACCUUUCAAGGACAGAAAACAAGGAAAAGGUCAUUUAUAAGAACUUUGAAGAAAACAGGAACAUGUUUCUGAUAAUUAAAAAGGUUUUAAUGUCACAGAAUUAUUAAUUAACAGAUCAAUUAUAGACACUGUAUAUGGAGGACUGAGCUGUAUUAUAUCCUGUUACUUAAAGGUUUUUAUUGUUUUUUUUUUAGCCUGACUGUUUUAAUAACUCAGAAACAUCCGACAGGAGAAGAGGAUUACAGUUUUAUUUUUUAAUGUUUCUCUAAAGUUAACGUCAGAGUUUAAGAUCUGUUUAGUUCACUGACUGAUCAGCUGAUUAUCAGAGGAUAUUUUUUCUGCUUUAUCAGCCUGUCAGCUGAUCAUUUAGGUGUGUCGGUGACUCUCAUGUUUUAGAGGAAUGUGAGGUUUAAACUUUUUAUUUAUUUACAGAACAUGAGGUGAUCAUGGGUGAUACAGCUGAAAUGGAAAUAUUCUUUUACACAUAAAUACAUACAGACACACACAUAAAUCAUAGACAAAUGUCACACUAUGUCUCUCCAUACAGUGAAUUUCUUGGACAGUCCCGUUCCGCUGGGUCAGUGUUGGAGAAUCUGGUUUCUGUGAUGUGAAGUUUCAGCUUUUGGAAACAGAGAAAAACCUUUUUUAUAUUUUUUUUUAAACAGACCAAACAAGGAUACAGGAGCGGACUUAAGGUGGAGAACGUCAUCAAAAUAAAAACAAGAAAAUCAAGAAAAACAAAAAAAAAUCACUGAGAUCGUCUUUAUUUUCACUUUAACAUCAGAAUCUGUUAUCACUCCAUUUUACUCAGUUGAUAAAUCGUUUUUAAGACGUUCUGAUCCAGUCAGUAAAAGUUAAAAUUUGUAGAGAGUUAUAAAGAAGAUCAGACUGAUUUGAGGAAGUUUGAGACUGAAGCGUAAAUCUUUACUGAUGUUUGAAGGUCGAAAUCUGCAGUUUAUAUCAUCAGAUCAAUCAUCAAUAAUCAAUCAUCCAUGCAGGUUUGUAUUGAUUGUCUUUCCGAGUGGAUACAGUCGCUGUAAAAUACUUUGACUGACAGCUCACUAAGUUGGCAGGAAACUCCACCCAUCUGGCACAUCAAGGAGAUUAAAUCAAACAGCCUACACCUUGUUUGUGAUUACGGCCUGUUGUGGCUGCAGGAGGUUAAGCACUUAUUCCGCUCCGUUUAUUCCGCUCCGUUUAUUCUGCUCCGUUUAUUCCGCUCCGUUUGUUCUGCUCCGUUUAUUCUGCUCCUCCAGAAACUCCAGGAAGUUCUGAAUAUGACUCUAAUGUUUAAUGUGAGCGUAACGGUUCAUACAGGUGUGCAUGUCGAUGUCUAAUCCUCUCAGGUUUAACUGACAAACACAUCUGAAAAUGACGCCGUAUUUGUGACUCUGUAUUUACAGCUGAUCUGUUUGACUUUAUUUUGCUCCUCGUUCAGGAAAAAGCUUCCAGCAGCAGAGAGAGACCCUGAAGAAAACCAUCACAGACAGAAGUCGAGAGCACCAAGGUGAGCUUUAAUACCUGAACCCGCCUCUCUUUACUAAAGACUUUAUUCUGAAAGUGAGUCAGAAGGAAAUCCGCAAACAUUAUGAGACCUGUCAUUUCUCCAGGGAAACACUGGUACGCAAAGAAGAACAAGAAGCAGAGGAAGAAGAGCACGGCGACGCUGAACAGAAACGCAGGUGAGAAACGACCUUCCCUCUGAAACACAAACUCAACCUUCAGAGACAGUUUCCUGUUUUUACUGCACAUCCUCACAAGUCCAGUCGCUCUGGCAGCAGCUCGAUCAGAGUCGAUAUGUCACGGAUCAGAUUAGUUAACAGACAGGAUCAGUGGAAACACCGACAGGUGCUCAGCAGGUGUCCUAAAGGCUUGAAGAAGAGACCUUUACUGUCCCAGGUCCACUCAGGGAAAAACCCAAAUACUCCGGUGGACUAAAAACUGCGUGAGGAUGAUGUAAAAAUAUAAACAUGGCAGUUAUGAAGCCACCUCCACUGAGAGGUCACAGACGCCCAGAGAGGAUUUCUACAUGAACUCUCAACCAUGACUGUCUCCUCAGAGUACGAUGACCUCCUGACCUACGAGGAGAUGUCGCUCUAUCACCAGCCGGCCAAUCGUAAAAGACCCAUCGCUCUGAUCGGUCCCACAAACAGCGGCCAUGACGAGCUGCGCCGGAGACUCCUGUCCAUCGAGCCGGAGAAGUUCGCUGUUGCUGUUCCACGUGAGUUCAAAGUGACGUCUGAUAUCCUGAAAUAGGUCAUCAUGUCAGAGGAGGGAUAGAAGUUUUAAAAAUUCACUUCAGUGUCUUUUUUCAGGAUUCAAAGUUUUCCUUUUUUCAUCUCUGUCCAGACACGACCAGAAACUCCAGGAUACACGAGCGGAACGGCCGAGAGUACCACUUUGUGAGCCGGUCCGGCUUCGAGGCCGACUUGGCUGCAGGGAAGUUCAUCGAAUCUGGAGAGUACGAGAAGAACUUCUACGGCACCAGCACUGACUCAGUUCGACACAUCGUCAACUCAGGACGCAUCUGUCUGCUCAGCCUCCACACCAGGGUGAGAAAGAAAACAGUCAGUCUAGAAACAGUCUCAACAACAACAUGAAUACAGCUGUAUGAUGACGAAGCUUUUCUAAAACAAGAACCUUAACGUUAAAAACUCUCUCUGGUCGGCUUUUCUGUCCGUUUCACGUGUCUCUCUGCUCCUGUCCUUCUCUUCUUUAGUCACUACGAGUUCUGAGGUCCUCCAACCUCAAGCCCUUUGUCAUCUUCAUCGCUCCUCCUUCUCAAGAACGAUUGCGCACCCUGCUGGCCACAGAGGGGAAAACACCAAAGGUACCAACACUGGCAGAUUAUUUCUUCAUCCUGAUCUGUGAAAAAUCUUCAAAUUUCAUUCUUAAAAAAAUCAUCCAAGUAAAACAUAAACCUAAAAACACUUCAAAUGUUCAAAGCAGCAGUUCAUCAGGAUGUCUCACCCUCUUUGUUUGUGUCCGUUCGCAGCCUGAAGAGCUGAAGGAGAUCAUCGAAAAAGCUCGUGAGAUGGAGCAAAACUUCAGUCACUACUUCGACGCGACCAUAGUGAACACAGAUCCGGACCAGGCUUUCCACGAGCUGCGCAGGCUGAUAGACAAGCUGGACACUGAGCCACAGUGGGUGCCCACCUCCUGGCUGUGUUAG